AUGAAGUUGCCCUCGAUUAAAACGUCUUUUGUUGAAGUUACAGAUAAAAUCAAUUCUGCACCUUGUCGGAUCUUUUUCAAAAAUGAGCUUGAGCAACCAUCUGGAAGUUUCAAACUUCGAGGUAUCGGCUAUUUAGUUGCAAGGAAAAUUGAAGAGGCCGAGAAAUCGAACAAAAAGAGUAUAAUUGUGUUUUCAUCUUCUGGUGGGAAUGCAGGUCUAGCAGCAGCAUAUGCUGCCAGAUUCUUCAAUGUCAAGUGUACUGUUGUACUUCCAAAAGUUUCAAAAGCAAAUGUAAUUGCAAAAUUAGAAGAAUUGGGAGCCACAGUCAUUAUUCAUGGCGAGCACUGGGGCGAGGCAGACCAACAUUUAAGGGAAACAAUCAUCAAGUCCGUUGGAGAUGAUGUUGAGGCUAUAUAUUGUCAUCCUUUUGAUGAUCCAUUAAUUUGGGAAGGGCAUAGUAAGAUAGUCAGUGAAAUCCUUUUGGAAAACCAGUUACCAAACUUUGAUAAAGUGAAAGGUGUUAUAUGUUCUGUUGGGGGCGGUGGUCUAUACAAUGGUGUCGUUGAAGGGUUAAGAUCUUACAAUGUCCCAGUCUUGGCAAUGGAGACUAAACAAGCCCCAACUUUUAAUGAGACGGUCAUGAAUGGCCAGGUUGUUCAUUUAAAGAGUGUAAAGACAUUGGCCAGUUCCUUGGGCUCUCCCUACCUUUCAGCUAAAGCUUGGGAAAAUUACAAAGCACACAAAACAUACCUUGGUUUAAUUGACGAUUUAGAUGCCAUACAGGGGACUCUUGAUCUUUACGACACUUUGGGGUACCAGGUGGAACCUGCAUGUGGAGCUGCCGUUGCUACAGUUUUCCAGAGAAAAGAGUUUUUAAACUACUUUCAAGGUUUGGAGAAGGAUGAUAUAAUUAUCGUCAUUGUAUGCGGAGGCUCCGGUAUCAACGAGGAGAUCAUAAAACAGUAUAGACAAAUGACUAGAAACUCGACAAAAUAA